AUGCAAUUAUGUUAUUCUCAUUAUUUAAGUGUCAUUGAAUCUAAUCGCUAUAAUAAAAAUAAGUCAUCUGUUAAUAGUACAUAUAUUAUUGAAUCUUCUAAUCUAAAAGACACUGAUACUUUACCAACUAAUAGUAUACCUGAUAUUAUAAUUCUUAGACUGUUAUCUUUUGCAGAGAUAAAAAACAAGUUUGUAAAUAACUUUUUAUUAGAAAUUGAUCUAUAUCUUGUGGCAUCCAGUAUGUCAUAUGAAGCAAUUGAUACAUUACACAAGGCUGGUCUUUCAUUCUGUUACUAG